AUGUCAAAUACCGACUUCCUGGGACGAGCAAUAGACGUCGUAAAAAAAGCAAUCGAAGCCGACACAGCAGCCGAAUAUGAUAAAGCCUACCAGCUCUACUACCAAUCUCUAGAACUCUUCAUGCUAGCCCUAAAAUGGGAGAAGAACGCAAAGUCCAAGGAGAUGAUAAGAACCAAAGCUGCCGAAUACAUGGAGCGCGCCGAGAAAUUAAAAGUGCAUCUUGAAGGGGACGCCGCGAAGAAGAAACCGGGGAUGGUGGGCGCGAAUGGGACGGCGGCGGCGGGGGGCGCGAAGGGGAAGGAGGAUGCGGGUGGGGAGCAGGACGCGGAUAGUAAGAAGUUGAGGAGUGCGCUGGCGGGUGCGAUUCUGCAGGAUAAACCUAAUAUUCGGUGGGAGGACGUUGCGGGGUUGGAACAGGCCAAGGAGGCCUUGAAGGAGGCUGUUGUUCUGCCUAUAAAAUUCCCCCAUCUGUUUACGGGGAAGAGACAGCCGUGGAAGGGCAUUUUGUUAUAUGGACCUCCUGGGACGGGGAAGAGUUAUUUGGCGAAGGCGGUGGCUACGGAGGCCAACAGUACAUUUUUCAGUGUCAGUAGUUCAGAUUUGGUCAGUAAGUGGAUGGGAGAGUCUGAAAGGUUAGUUGAUAUCUACAAUUCCUUACAUACAUACAAUCAUACUUACAUUCUCACAGAUUAGUCAAACAACUAUUUGCCAUGGCCAGAGAGAACAAGCCCUCAAUCAUUUUCAUAGACGAAAUUGAUGCUCUCUGUGGUCCUCGAGGCGAAGGAGAAUCUGAAGCAUCACGACGUAUCAAGACCGAAAUGCUCGUCCAAAUGGACGGAGUAGGACGAGACAGUAAAGGCGUCCUAGUCCUAGGCGCAACCAACAUUCCCUGGCAACUAGACGCCGCCAUCCGUCGUCGUUUCCAGCGUCGUGUACACAUCUCACUCCCCGACGCCGCAGCUCGAACAACCAUGUUUGAAAUAUCCGUCGGUACUACCCCAUGUGAUCUCACGAAAGCGGACUUCAAGAAAUUAGGUGAGCUGAGUGAAGGGUAUUCGGGGAGUGAUAUCACGAUUGCAGUGCAGGAUGCUCUGAUGCAACCCGUGCGGUUAAUCCAAAUGGCAACCCAUUACAAAAAGGCACGUCUCCUCACCAUCCAUAAACCCUAACCCCAAUCUCCCUUCCCUCACUAACAGCCUAGCCACAGGUCCAAGUCGACGGUUCAGAAAAACUUACACCCUGCUCUCCCGGCGACGCAGGAGCCAUCGAAAUGAACUGGACCGAAGUCGACGCUGACAAACUCCUCGAACCACCUUUAACCCUGAGGGACUUUGAGAAGGCAGUGAAAGGCGCACGGCCAACCGUGUCCCAGGAGGAUAUUAAGAGGAGUAAGGAGUGGACCGAGGAGUUUGGUAGUGAGGGCUCGUUAUGA